CAAACAACAAGGCGGGGGAUGCAUAUUUGAAUUUUUCCUGCUUCCUUUUGAAGGUGUGGGGCCGUCGGAGCCAUGCCUCUCCUGCAGCUCUGGACUGGGAAAUUUCAUCCACCGAUUUGAUCGGCGACACGCCGCCGCUCCGUCAUUUCAUCCAAGAGGAAAAAAAAAACACUUCCCACCACUUCUUUUUUUUUUUUUUUUCUUUUUUUUCGUUUUGGGUGGGGGGAGAUCAACAUGUCUGAUGUGGUGUUGGUCGAGGGGCUCUGUGACCUGCACGGAUUUCCAUAGCCUAGCUGGGGGCCAAUUUUUCACCAAGCAAGCAGCCUGUUUUAAUGAAGACGUUGUACGCGUAGAUGUAGGCUCGUCCACUCGACAUCUUUCAAAGGCAAUUAUCAUUAUCAUUAUUAUUAAUUCUUUUUUUCGAUUGCCCCUCUUUAAUUUGUGCAUUUUUCCGGAGGAGCGCUUGGAUUGGUUGGAUUAUUGGAACAACAUCUAAGGAUUUGUGGAGAUGUUGGGUCGUCAAGAAGAUAAAUUAUGUGGAAUCUUCUCUGCUUUGGCGGCUUUGUCCUUCGUCUGCUUUGCUCAAAGCUCCUCCACUGGAAACACUGGAAUGUCUGUGGCCAAGACCACUGUGGACAAGUUGCUGAAGGGAUAUGACAUCCGUUUAAGGCCUGAUUUUGGAGGUCCCCCAGUCAUCGUAGGAAUGAGCAUCAACAUAGCGAGCAUCGACUCCAUCUCAGAAGUAAACAUGGACUACACACCAUCACAAUGUAUUUCCAGCAGAGUUGGCGAGAUAAGCGUUUGGCCUACGGUGAGCUGCACCUAAACCUGACUCUGGAUAACCGUGUAGCAGACCAGCUUUGGCUCCCCGACACCUACUUCCUUAACGACAAGAAGUCCCUUUCCUUCACGGCGUGACAGUAAAAAAACCGUAUGAUCCGACUGCACCCUGACGGCACGGUCUUAUACGGCCUGAGAAUAACGACCACUGCUGCUUGCAUGAUGGACCUGCGGAGGUACCCUCUGGACGAGCAGAACUGCACCCUGGAAAUCGAAAGCUACGGAUAUACGACAGACGACAUUGUGUUUUUCUGGCAAGGAGGAGACAACGCUGUGACCGGGGUGGACAAGUUAGAGUUACCUCAGUUCUCCAUUAUGGACAUCCGCCUGGUGUCUAAAGAAGUCAGGUUUACUACAGGUUCAUAUCCAAGGCUUUCGCUGAGUUUCAGGAUUAAGAGGAACAUCGGAUAUUUCAUCUUGCAGACAUACAUGCCCUCCAUCUUGAUCACCAUCCUCUCCUGGGUCUCCUUCUGGAUCAAUUAUGAUGCCUCUGCAGCUCGGGUGGCCCUGGGUGUGACUACGGUGCUUACCAUGACAACAAUUAACACCCACCUUAGGGAGACGCUCCCAAAGAUUCCAUACGUGAAAGCCAUCGACGUCUACCUCAUGGGCUGUUUUGUGUUCGUGUUCCUGGCCCUGCUUGAAUAUGCCUUUGUAAAUUACGUGUUCUUCGGCCGGGGCCCUGCGCAACAGAAGAAAAUCAACGAGCGGCUGAACAAAGCCAACAACGAGCGCACAAGAUACGAGGAGCGGCGCCUGAGGGAACAGGACUCCAUUUCCGUGCCGUUUCAAUCCAACACCUUCAGGUCAUUUACACAGCGAAGAAAUCUGUAUCUCGAGGAACAAAGAAAAGUUGGGGUGGAUGCUUACGGCAAUAUCCUCCUCACCACGCUGGAGAUGAACAACGAAGUGAUGCCUUCUGACGUAGGAAGCAGCGUCAGUGACUCUCGGAAUUCGGUCAUGUCCUUUGACAGCUCCGGGGUCCAAUUCAGGAAGCCCAUGGCGCCCCGAGAUGGCUUCAGCCACCACUCAUUGGAUCGGAGCGCCAUGCGGAGCCGAGCCAACUGCCGGCUCAGACGGCGCUCGUCCAAGCUCAAGUUGAAAAUCCCCAACCUGUCAGAUGUUAGCACCAUUGACAAGUGGUCCCGGGUCAUUUUCCCAAUCACCUUUGGAUUUUUCAACCUAAUCUACUGGUUGUACUAUGUGAAUUGAUGUGCAUCCCACUAGGAAUCAUGGGCCAUAUUUUGAGAGCACAUUAAUUGGCUUUGAUACAGUUCCAAAAUAUGUAUACACAUAUACAACUUGAACAUAUGUAUAUGCAUAUUUCAUAUAUUAUAUUUAUAUAUACACACGUGUGAAAUCUGAAGGACUUUUCUGCUGUACAAAGUAUUACUAGGAUGACUUGAAUGUUUAAGAAUACUACGAGCGAGGAAUUUCACCGCUUUGAGUUUCUUUUUUCCUCCUGAAACAAAUGAACAAACACAAGAUCCCGUUAGGGGUUUUUGGAACUAAAGACUGCAUGAUAUUUUUGCUAAAAAAAAAAAAGGAAAAAAGUGAACGUGAAAGCUCCUGGGAGAGAAAAGAUGUCUCAGAGUCCCAUCGACUUUUUAAUUGAUACUUGUAAUCAGAAUCCUCUACUGCAGCUCAUGGAAUCAGUGCCGGCUGAGCGAGAUCCUUGACCCCCCCCCCGCCCGCCAUCUCCCCAGCCCUGCCCUCAUGGCCACACCCACCCUCUCACAAACCCAUGCUGCCCCCUUUAUCCAUGGGUAACAUGCACGGACACCUCUGGUUCAGCUAUGUACAGCAACCUUGUUUGGAUUCUGUGUUGUUCCAUGGGGGGGUUUUGGAAGUGAUAUCGUUCUCUUUAUCGGACAUCAGCUCCAGGCUAACGCUCACCGUUAGUGAGCCUCGCGGACAGGAUGUUUAACCUCUGCAUUUCCACCCAGAGUUGACGCAAACUCGUGUUCCUUUCUCUUCUCACCUUGUUUUUAGGACACUUCCUCGAAGGUGGUAUUUUUCAUUCUGGUUCAAACAAAUGCUGAUUAUUGUAGAUAUGAUUUUGUCUUGAAAAAUACUGUGAUUUCAGAGAGCGUCAGAACAUGUUCUAGAGCUAGGGCAUUAUUAAAAAAAAAAAAAAAAAGAGACAAAGGUAUGCAUUACUCAUUUUGAUUGUUUAAAAAAAUACAUAUUCUGUACAAUUUAUCAUUAAGUAUUUUCAUGGGCAUAGUUUGGAAGUAUAUCGUACUGUUGGUUUCCUCCUGCUGAUUGGUUCAUGCGCUCUUUAGAUGCAGAACUCAUUGAUGUCAUAUCCUGCUUUGUGUUUGCUAUGGAAGUCGGGAGUGGGGGGGCUUUUGUGAUUGUUUUGAAAUUAUACCACAGUGUAGAUGUAAGAAUAUGUGUACUGAGAAAAAAAAAGAGUCAACAUAUCAGCCCACCGUUUGAGCCGUUGUCAUAAGUAUCUGGUACUUCUUUGUUGUUCAAACAUUUCUUCAGUGUUGGAGGCAACAAUAUGGGGACUGUGACUGGGAUGGAAGAAGACUGGGGACAAGAACUCAACACUUGGUAUUAGACCAGGUCCAUCACCACAAAUGUUCUGCGCUUGACACCCUCCAAAACAUCAGUGCAAUCAGGACUCAAAAAGGUGUGACAAAUAGCCAUGAAACGAUGACCAAAAGGCCUAUAAAGCAUCAACAUUACCGCUUUCUGUUUCACACACACACACACACACACACUGCAUUUCCAGUACUCAGGUUCAAAAACUUAAAAAGAAAAAAAAAGUUUUCUGUGACACCCUGCAGAUUUUUCAAAAAAAAAAAAAAAAAAAAAAUCCCUGUCAACGGCUGUGGAAUCCAAAACCACUCGGUUUGUGUCAAUGCCAAAUGCGAAUUUUUCGAAAAAACAAACAAACAAAAAAACAAA